GCCAACCCGCGGCAGUUCCUCGUAGUCGCUCGCAGCAUUCGUCGGAAGUGCGCGCCGCGCUCGUCCACGUCGCUCGCGACCGUCGCCGUGUACGCAUCGUCCGGGCGCGUCGUGAGAGCAACGUCGACGUAGAGAGCAUCGUCGUCGGCUCGCGACACUCUGCGCACUUCAUUCGGAUCGUCGUCGUCGUCACGAGUAAUCGUGCCGCGCCGAAUGGCGUGAUCGUUCCGCGAGAACAUGGUGGCGAUGAGGGUUCCGAGGUUGCCGAGGAUUCCCAAGAUUUUACGUGACAUUUCAAGAUCUCGCGGGAGGCAACCUAUUCUCCCUUCGAUCUUCUUCAAACCGUCGUACAUGUUUCCCGAAGACUAUAUUCAUAAGGCGAGUAUGUGCAGGAAGAAAGUUCGAAGUGACAGACAAUUCGACAACGUGGAUUAUACACAAUUAACAGAAACCGAUAAUGGUUUCUUCGAUUCACAGUUUGUAAGCCCACCUGUGAAAAUUCCAUGGAAAGCUAUCACAUUAGCGGCUCUUCUGUUUGUUGGAGGAACUAUUAUGCUCAUUAUGGGAAGCUUGAUUGUGAGCGGUCACAUUGAUUCGAAAUAUUCAGAUCGAAUGUGGCCAGUGAUCAUUUUAGGGGCCUUGAUGUUUAUACCAGGGGCUUAUCAUAUGAGGGUAGCUAUUUUAGCGUAUCAGAAAGUACCUGGUUAUUCUUUUGAUGACAUACCUGAAUUUGAUUGAAUGUUUAUAUAUAU